AUGAAGACGGGUGAUAGACAGCCCUACCCUCACAAAUUCCACGUCUCAAUGGGCCUGCCUGAGUUUAUCGAAAAGUAUAGCAGUCUCGAGGCGGGGCAGCAUCUGGAUGACGUCGAAGUCAGCCUCUCAGGUCGCAUCUUUGCGAAGAGAGAAUCUGGGUCCAAACUCAUCUUCUACGACAUUAUGGCUGAGGGCAAGAAACUGCAAGUGAUGGCCACAGUAAACCACUAUGGCGAUGAAAAGGAUUUCUUCGAAAUCAAUGAGAUCCUUCACCGUGGUGACAUCGUUGGCUGCGUGGGAAACCCGGGCAAGUCCAAGCUCGGUGAACUGAGCAUCCUGCCAAAGCGGUUAGUCCUCUUGUCGCCGUGCCUUCAUCAGAUGCCCCAUCUGCACUUUGGUCUGAAGGACAAGGAGACACGCUUCCGACAGCGCUACCUCGACCUUAUGAUGAAUGAUGAUGUCCGGCUGCGUUUUAUCAUGCGCGCCCGGGUGCUGGACUAUGUUCGACGCUUCUUAGACUCACUCGGCUUCUUGGAGGUAAUGUUUUGCCUUUCACUUCGGCCCUAUAGGCAAUUUCGUUCUGCUGCGCUGCAGUAUUUCUGCAAACUUAUUUAA